AUGAAUAUCAUUAUCGCCGUUAUUAUAGGAGCUCUUUUGCAGUGCUGUAUUGCUCAGACGGAGGAUAGACUAACUGCAAAUGAAACUUCAGUAACACGAGACUCCUUACUGGGUGCCAUUGCAUCAGCCGAUUUGCAACUGAAACGGGAUCUCGAAAUAAGUAGACCAACUACAAACGUUUGGCAAGAGAGGGAACUGGUUAUAACUGCACCACCUGUGGAAAUCAAGCAGGAACCAUUCCCAACUACCAGACCAGUAGAAGCCAAGAUGAAAUUGGUCACAACUACAACCCCAAUAGAUACCGAAUUGGACAUAUUUUCAACUACACCGUCAAUAAGAACCAAGUGGAAACUGGGUCCAACUACCACACCAAAAAGUAACAAGUUGGAAUUGGUUAUAACCAGACCGCCAUUAGAAACCAAGAGGGAAUUAAUUGCAAUUACAACACCCAUAGCUAGCAUGAACGAACUAGUCCCAACUUUACUGUCUCUUAAAGUUGAGGGGCAACUGGUCAGAGCUACAACACCAGUAGCUACCAGGAGGGAACUGGUCCCUACUAUAACAACAAUAAGUACCAGGUGGUUACUGGUCCCAACUGCAACUCCACAAGGUUCCAGGAGGGAACUGUACCAAACUACAACACCAAUAAGUACCAAGUGGGAACUGGUCCCAACUACAACUUCAAUAGGCUCUAGUAGAGAACUGGGCCAAACUACACCGACACUGGAAACAAAUAGGCAGUUGAGCACAACUACAACUCCAAUAGGUAUCAAGAAGGAACAAAUCCCAACUACAACUCCAAUAGGCAACAAUUUGGAGUUGGUCAUAACUAGACCACCAACAGAGACCAAUAAGGAAUUGUUCUCAACUACAACGCCAAUAGAUAUUAAAAGGCAGCAGGUCUCAACUACUACACCAAAAGAGGUCAGGCGACAAUUGAUCCCAAUUACAUCAGUAUCAGAAACCAAAGCGGAACAUGUGAGAACUACAACACCAAUGGAAACCAUGAAAAAACUGGUCAGAACUACAACACUUGUCGGAACCAUGGAGGAACAGAUUUUUGCUACAACACCUAUAGGAACCAAGAAAGACCUUGUAACAACAACACCAUUGAGCCGAAUCACAGAUUCUUUAUCUCCUGUCAUAACAACAAUAUUGACGCCUACAACAUCUAUUCCCGACCUCGCUAAAAAGCCUAAAAAAUUACGCAAAUACCCGAAGUACAGGGUUAAGGCGAGGCGACGUCGUACUACAACAAAGCAACCCUUCCAUAUCACCAAAACAAGCUGAGCAUUGUUAUCCACGUUCGAACUGCCAAUUUCUUCUGUUUUCGAGCUCA